AUGUGUGGGAUCCUGACACAUUACUAUGGCAGCAAUGCUCAUGUGGAAAGUUUCUUUACGGAACUCAGCGAAGAAUGGCUUUCAAGGAAGGAACUCCGGAGUUGUAGAACUGAGCUAGAGAGUUUAAACAAUAUAAUACCAUUGGUGAUGGAAAGAGGACCCAAUUAUGCAUCGAUGAGGAUAUCAAACGAAGACAAGAUGCUUUGGUUCUCUUCGGUCUUGUCAUUGCGAGAACCAUUGACCAAACAAAGUAUAAUUGUUGAAGAUAGAUUUGUCCUUCAAUAUAACGGUGAAUGCUAUAACUCUUCAAUUCUGCAAAAUGAUACCCAAUGGAUCGUUGACCAACUUCGCGAGCAUUUGGACGUUUUACAUGUCAUCAAAUCCCUCGAGGGUGAAUUCGCGUAUACAAUUUAUGAUAGACUUACGCAAGAAGUGUUUUUUGGUAGAGACCCCAUAGGCAAGAGAAGCUUGAGUUUCCGUCUGGGCACAGAUAAUCAAGAACUCACCGUUUGCAGCGUCACUGGGAAAAUCGAUAAUUUCCAGAAUUGCCAGGCCGGUGUGGUCUACGUUUAUGAUAUAUCGAAAAGCAAACUCAGUGCCGAUAUGAAGAUUAGACCCGAAAACUUCGUAGUAACGGACGCGGAGGACUCUGAGCUUGUUGACUUGGCUACUAACAUCGAAAAGCUGUAUUUCAACCUCAAUAAUGCCGUGAAAUGCAGGCUGGAGACCAUUCACCCACUUCAUGUAGAAAAUAGCCCCAUCGCCAUAUUGUUUUCCGGCGGACUGGACUGUUCUGUCAUCGCUGCAUUAGUGUGUCACCAGAUCAAAAACUUGGGCAUGAACACGGCAGUUGAGCUUUUGAAUGUUGGUUUUGAAAAUCAAAGGACACACAUGUUGCCAAGUGACGUGCCAGACCGCAUUCUCGGGCGACAGUCCUUCAAGGCAUUGCAAAAACUGUUCCCCGAUAUAGAAUUGCGAUUUGUCGAGGUGGAUGUCACUUAUAAGGAGUACUUGGAAUACAGACCCAAAAUAUUGGACCUCAUUUACCCCAAACAAACGGAAAUGGACUUGUCAAUCGCAGCAGCCUUUUAUUUUGCCGCAAAGGGCAGCGGAUUUUUAUCAAAAGAACAAUUUGGGUCUCGAGUUUCAUAUGAUAGACACGGAAUUGUGCUUUUUAGCGGCCUAGGCGCCGAUGAGUUGUAUGGCGGAUAUCAUAAACUGGCAAAUAAGUCGAAAACUGAGCUUGUUGAAGAGCUCGAACGGCAGAUCAAUAAUAUCCACGACCGGAAUUUGAGCCGCGAUGAUAAAGUGUUGGCAUCGAAUGGCGUGGAAGUGAGAUACCCCUUUCUUGAUGAAAGCGUAAUCGAGUUUUCCACGAAAUUGCCUCUUAACUACAAGAUAAACAAAAUGAUCUUGAGAAAACUCGCAGAGGAGAAAUUGCAGCUGGGAGACAUUUCCGCAGAGCCCAAACGUGCCAUUCAAUUCGGUGCCAAAAGUGCCAAAAUGACAAAAAAUGGUAAUAAGCACGGAACGGAUUUGGUCCAGGACAGCUGA